CCCGAGCCUCCACUUGCAGCCGUACCGCGCGCGCCUCCCGCUCCAGUUUAUGUGAGGAGGCAGGAAAGAGAAGAAGCCGCUGCGCCUCCGCAGAAACUGUGAGGAGAAAAUGAGAGGAGGCGCAAAGCAGCGGUACUUUCUGCGCCUUUAAACAGGUCUCCUACCCAAUAUUCCGCCAGCACUCCCCACCAUGAGUCACUGGAAUAACGGCUCAUCUGCGGACCUGGAACCCGUACCGGACUCCAACUCCACUAUCGGGAGGGGUCCCGGAGACGUGGCCCCGCUGGUCCUGAGUCGGGCGGUGCCGGUCGGCAUGCUGCUGGCCUUCUUCAUCAUGUUCGCCAUCGUGGGGAACAUCUUGGUCAUCCUGUCGGUGGUCUGCAAUCGGCACCUGCGGACCCCCACCAACUACUUCAUUAUCAAUCUGGCCAUGGCCGACCUGCUGCUCAGCACCACGGUGCUGCCGGUGUCCGCCACCCUGGAGGUUCUGGAUUACUGGGUGUUUGGUCGGAUCUUCUGUGAUAUCUGGGCAGCAGUGGACGUCCUAUGCUGCACGGCGUCCAUCAUGUCUCUGUGCGUCAUCUCCAUCGACCGCUACAUCGGUGUCCGCUGCCCACUGCAGUACCCAAUGAUUGUCACCAAGAGGCGGGCAUUGCUUGCCAUGCUGGGUGUCUGGAUACUGUCCUUCGUUAUCUCCAUCGGGCCUCUGCUGGGCUGGAAGGAGCCACCAUCACAGGACGACACGGUGUGUGUCAUCACCGAGGAACCUUUCUAUGCUCUCUUCUCCUCCCUCGGGUCCUUCUACAUCCCUCUUGGCGUCAUCCUGGCCAUGUACUGCCGAGUCUACGUGGUGGCCAAACGGACCACCAAAAACCUGGAGGCCGGCAUGAUGAAGGACCGCACCGAAGACUCCAAUGAGCUCACUCUGAGGAUCCACUGCAGGAACCAGCAGGUCCAGGACAUCUGUCCAUCUUCCAAGUCUGGAGGGGGCGGGGCCUCGGCCGGACGUAGUGCACUCAGCGUCAAACUGCUCAAGUUCUCUCGCGAGAAGAAAGCCGCCAAGACACUGGGUGUGGUGGUGGGCAUGUUCAUCCUCUGCUGGCUGCCCUUCUUCCUGGUUCUGCCCAUCGGCUCCUUCGACAGCAGCCUCCGUCCUCCUGAGACUCUCUUCAAGGUCAUCUUCUGGUUGGGUUACUUCAACAGCUGCCUGAACCCCAUCAUCUACCCCUGCUACAGCCGCGAGUUCAAGCAGGCCUUCAUCCGGAUCCUGCGGUGCCGCUGGAAGAAGAAGCGCCAGGGUUGGCAGGCUUACUGUAACUACCGCAGCCAGCAGGGCUCCAACAGCUCAUCCGUCCUGAACGGCAGCCAGCAGACACUGUCCUCUAUCAGCCACAGUCCAAGCUGCAUCUCCUCUAAGCCCCGCCCUACGCUGUGGCCGUCUUCAGGCCGACACGUCCUCCCCGGCAGAGGGCGUCCAUGCUACCAGGGUGCAGCCCGAGGAGCCAACAGUCCUAAAACCUAAACCAGACAAGAUGAGCUGGCGGACACGCUACCUGAUGUAGUAGGACUUACCUGAGCUCCCCCACCUGAUUAAUGGUUGACCUGUGAAAGGGGGUGGAGCUCCUGACAGACUUCCUCUGUCCAUGACUCAUCAACAACAAAUUCAGAGAAAAAGAGAAAAAGAAAAAAGUGUAAUCCAAAACUUAGAUGCAAGAAACAAAAUUUCAUGACAUCUGAAGUCAGAGAAUUCAGAAAAUGUAAAAAAGAAAUGAAAACAAACAAAAUUCUGUGACGUUUUUAUACAUUAUUUUCUUUAUUUAACA